AUGCUGGAGCAACUGGCUCGGCAGCUUGAUGUAGAGGUAUUGGUGACUGGCCAUUCUCAUGAGUGCAGUGUCAAAGAGAAAGGCGGACGUUUCUACGUGAAUCCAGGCAGCGCCACUGGCGCAUUUUCAGUUACGCAUGAAGGUCCGGUUAUCGCCUCAUUUGCAUUAUUGGAUGUGCAAGCAGAUUGUGUGGUCACGUAUAUGUAUCGAUUGAUUGAUGAUCAAGUCAAAGUUGAUCGGACGAUUUUCAAGAAACCGCACGAUUAA